GCUAUACCCUGUCUUCAGCGAGUAACCAUGGACAAAAAUCACAAGAUGGAUUUGGACUUGCCACUCUCCUCCUCCGUUUCCGACGAGGACGCCGGCGGCGACACGCAGACCCUAACUGGCCGCGCCGUCUGCCACGCCGGCUGCGGCCGCCCGUCCCGCGUCUGCCUCUGCCCGCACCUGCCGCCGUCCCCGCUCCACACCUCCGCCACCGUCGUCGUCCUCCACCACCCCCACGCCCUCCACCGCAACCCGCUCUCCACCCUCCCCCUCCUCGCCCGCUGCCUCGCCAACCUCCACCUCCUCCCCGGCCGCCGCCUCCGCCCCUCCUCCACCCCGCUCCUUCCCAGUGCUCCCUCCCCAAACCCCGUCCUCCUCCUCUUCCCCUCGCCCGCCGCCGCCGACCUCGCCUCCUGGUGCCGGUCCACCCCUCCCUCCGCGCGCGCCAAUCCCACCCUCCUCCUCCUCGAUGGAACCUGGCAGCUGGCCAAGGAGAUGCACGCCGCCAGCCUCCCGUUCCUGUCCUCCUUCGUCGUCCCCGUCUCCCUGCCCGUCGACAGCGGCGUCGACGGGGACAGCAUGUUCGAGUCGGAGCUCGUGGUCAAGAAGGAGCCGCAUAAGGGGUGUAUGAGCACGAUGGAGGCAGCCGCAAGGGCGCUGCGGCUUCUGGAGCCGGAGGGCAGAGGCGCGGAGAUCGAGGAGACGAUGGUGAGGGUGCUCAGGGCGAUGGUCGCCUUCCAGGCCGAGCAUUUGCAGCACCGUAACAUCAAACCGAGGCCAAAGAUGAGGAAGAAGAAGGAUAUCAAGAGGGAGGAGGAGAUGAAGAAGAAUGCCGGGUUGGUGUGACUGAACUUCUGCGGAUUUGGGUUUGGAUCACUGAUGGAUUUGCGCCGUGUGGGAUUACAUACCUGUGAGGCCUUCGCAACAAGAUCUGAAGCGAGAUGAUUAUAGAGAAAUCAGCAGCUUGUGAGAUGAAACUCUCGAGUCGAAGUCCGCAAAGGUGAAAAAUUCGUAGACUCUUUUGCUAGGGAACAUAUGUUUGCUAUGUGCAGUCAUUAGCCUGAAUACCAGCAAAUGUUUCGUUAUUAGAGCGUGACUUCCAUCCUUAAUCUUCUGUUAGACUG